AUGGGACGACAAAAGCAAGCAACGCCGCUCCAGCGCUCUCCCUCGUCGCAGUUAAUGCACAUGCCGCCAAACGAUGGAGAGCCCCAAAAAGCGGCUAAUGGAAGCGCAACUGGAAAAACCAGUGCCAAUGGCAGCGCAUCAGAGAAAGCAUCCGCAGCGCUCGAGGCUGUCGCCGACACUCCGGGGUUGAUGCAGCUUUUGAUCUGCGUUCUCGGGAUCUACGCUGCGUUCCUCUCGUGGGGUGUCCUCCAAGAAGCGAUCACAACAACAAGCUAUCCCAUCCGCCCAGCAACAGCCGCCGAACCUAACCCGCCGACGGAGCGAUUCACCUACUCGCUCGUGCUGAACACGAUCCAGUCCUCGUUCGCGGCCAUCACCGGCUUUGCUUAUCUCUUCUUUUCCACUCCGAGGGGGCAGAAUGUGCCGGCGGUGUUCCCGACGCGCCAGAUUCUCUUCCCAUUGCUCCUGGUCAGCAUCUCCUCGUCGCUCGCGUCACCGUUUGGGUACGCCAGUCUGGUGCACAUCGACUACCUCACCUUCAUCCUGGCCAAAUCCUGCAAGCUGCUCCCGGUCAUGCUCCUGCACCUGACCAUCUUUCGGAAGCGAUACCCGCUGUACAAGUACGGCGUGGUGCUGCUGGUUACCCUGGGCGUGGCCACGUUCACGCUGCACCACCCGGGCACGAGCAAGAAAGUCGCCGCGGCCGCGGCAAAGGACCAGUCCGGGUCCUCGAUGUGGGGCAUCUUCCUGCUGUCCAUCAAUCUUCUCCUCGACGGCCUCACCAACACCACACAGGACCAUGUGUUCUCGUCCCCGAAUCGCUACACCCGCUUCUCCGGGCCUCAGAUGAUGGUCGCGCAGAACGUCCUGUCCACCGUGCUGACGACCGCCUACCUCGUCGUGAUGCCGCAUCUGUCGCAGAGCGGCACCGAGCUGUUAUCGGCCAUCUCGUUCCUCCAGCGCCACCCCGAGGCCCUGAAGAAUGUUCUGGGUUUCGCGACAUGCGGCGCCGUCGGCCAGCUCUUCAUCUUCUAUACCCUGUCGCGCUUCUCGUCCCUGCUGCUGGUCACUGUCACCGUCACGCGCAAGAUGCUGACCAUGCUUCUGAGCGUGUUCUGGUUCGGACACUCCUUAUCGGCGGGUCAGUGGCUGGGUAUCGGCCUGGUAUUUGGCGGCAUUGGUGCCGAGGCUGUGGUGCAGCGCCAGGAGAAGAAGGCCAAGGAGCGGGCAAAGGCUGAGAGUGCUAAAAAGGCCUUGUAA